UUACAGAGACUCGCUCCCACUUCGCUCCGGCGAGCGCGCUCGGUCUGUCCCUCUCCACUUUCUGCCCCGACAGACGGAGCGAGAGGCGCCCAGGCCGCGAGACCGAGUCCUCCAGGCUCCGCGCAGCGCCUCGGCCAGCCCGGGAGAGGCGGGAGAAGGUGCCCCGGGCGGGCGCCCCUCAAGCCUGGCAGCCGCCGCCGCACCUGGGGAGGCGAAGGGGGCCGCAGCUGCUGGGCGUCUCUCCUCCAUGGGGGGCUCCAUGCCCGGCCCGCAGCAGGCGGCUCGCGGAGACGGGGCUGGCACCCUUUAGGGGUUGUGAAUGCAGAGGAGCCUUGGGCCGCUGGGACUCCUCGGGAGAGAACUUUUCCCUUCGCGCGCCUGGGGGGGGGGGUUCGCUUGUCCUCGGGGGGCGCCAGCAGCCCGGGCGAGCCGGGCACGGCGAAGGGGAGAGAGCGGCGCUCCGAGGGCAGCUCGGGCGAGAGAGGACAAAAGCAAAGAGUCUCGACACAGCGGAAAGCGGGGGAGGAGAAAAGUGCAUGUCCCCCCGCCGCCGCGCACAGCAGCAGCAGACGGACCCACAAGUCAGACAGACAGACAGACCCUCCUUUCCCCCAGUAGUAUUCCCCGGGCGGAGCAGGAAUUAAAGCGCAAUUAUGCCUCAGCUGCCGGGAGCCGGAGGCGGCGGCGGGGGGGAUCCGGAGCUGUGCGCCACGGAUGAAAUGAUCCCUUUCAAAGACGAAGGCGAUCCCCAGAAGGAGAAAAUCUUCGCGGAGAUCAGCCACCCGGAGGAAGAAGGAGACUUGGCCGACAUCAAGUCCUCUCUCGUUAACGAGUCGGAGAUCACCCCCAACAGCAACGGGCAUGAGGUUUCCAGGCAAGCCCAAGCUCAGGAAUCCUAUCAUGACAAAGGCAGAGACCAUUCUGAAGAAGGAAAACAUCCAGAUGGUGGUUUAUACAGCAAAGGCCCAUCAUACUCUGGUUAUUCUGGGUAUAUCAUGAUGCCAAAUAUGAACAAUGACCCCUACAUGUCUAAUGGAUCUCUGUCUCCACCCAUCCCUAGAACAUCAAAUAAGGUGCCAGUGGUGCAGCCUUCACAUGCAGUUCACCCUCUCACCCCACUUAUCACUUACAGCGAUGAGCACUUUUCUCCAGGGUCACACCCUUCACACAUCCCCUCAGAUGUCAACUCAAAACAAGGCAUGUCCAGGCAUCCUCCAGCUCCUGAUAUCCCUACCUUCUAUCCCUUGUCUCCUGGUGGUGUAGGACAGAUAACGCCACCUCUUGGCUGGCAAGGUCAGCCUGUAUAUCCCAUCUCGAGUGGAUUCAGGCAGCCCUACCCAUCCUCACUCUCAAUCGACCCUUCCAUGUCCAGGUUUUCACAUCAUAUGAUUCCUGGUCCUGCAGGCCCUCAUGCAACUGGAAUCCCUCACCCAGCUAUUGUAACACCUCAAGUCAAACAAGAACAUCCACACAAUGACAGCGACUUAAUGCAUGUGAAGCCUCAGCAUGAACAGAGAAAAGAGCAAGAGCCGAAAAGACCUCACAUUAAAAAACCUCUGAAUGCUUUUAUGUUAUACAUGAAAGAAAUGAGAGCAAACGUCGUAGCAGAGUGUACUCUGAAAGAGAGCGCAGCGAUCAACCAGAUUCUUGGCAGAAGGUGGCAUGCUCUCUCCCGUGAAGAACAAGCUAAAUAUUAUGAACUAGCUCGGAAAGAAAGGCAGCUACACAUGCAGCUUUACCCAGGCUGGUCUGCAAGAGAUAACUAUGGGAAGAAAAAGAAGAGGAAGAGAGAGAAGCUACAGGAGUCAACGGCAGGUGGGAAAAGAAAUGCUUUCUCAACAUGCAAAGCAAAGGCAGCGACGCCGGGACCCCUUCUGGAAAUGGAAGCUUGUUAAAACCCCAGGUGUGUCCUUCAUCUGCACAGACCACCCCCAGGGUCUUUCUAGGAGGUUGAAUUCACCAUGAUGUCACUGCUAAAGACACUGAACCAUAAAGACAAUCACUGCCAAAACUCUUCUCUACCACAGGACCCCAACCCUGAUUAUAAAAAGGAGCAAAUGAGCAUUUCAGAAUUCCCAGGUCAGCAGAACAUCUUCACCUUGCACUCCUAAGUCUGUCUCUCCUCUGUCUCCAUAUUGAGUCGGCAACAGGUAGGUCAGCUGUCUCUGCCUGCUUCAGCCAACUGAAUAACGUAGACUAAUAGCUACCCUCAUAGCACGUCGAAGAAUGGAAUUCAUCUGGUUGAGGAAGACGCUCAAACAUUUUUAUUUAAUGGUGCAAAAGGAUCAAUUGUUUUUAGCUUUAAGAAACUUGAAUGCUUUUAUAUUUUAACUUUUAGUUUCUAACGUCAUUGGUGUAUAUUUUACUAGUUGUGAGCUUUGAAAUAAGCUUCAAGUAUCUGAUUUUUUUCGUCCUUUUUUUUCUGCUGGAGGAGAAAAAACCUGUAUGGAAAAUGUGGCUUUUUGUUGAACUAUUUGUAACAAAUAGUGGCCUCUCAGUCUAUGUAAUAGAGUGUCCUAGAGAACUAAAUGUAACACCACAGUCAGCUGGUCAGUAGACAUGUCACUCCUAUUUCAUUUACACUCUGUAAACAUAAGCAAUACAUCCAGUAAAUUCAACUGCAGUGAGUUCUUCUCACCCCUUUCCCUUCUCCUUGUAAAAACAAACAAAAAAGCCCAGCACUUGAAUUUACUUCACUUGUUCUGUAUCUGUAUCUGUUUUUGUUAGCCUGUUAGUGGGAUUUUAUGCCAGUUACUGAAAUGAGCAUCGAUGUACCCAUUUUUUUUUAACAGUAAGGCACAGCCUUUGCCAAAAAUACUGUCAACUGAAUUUUGUCAUUCCAGUUUGAGUUAAUGUGCUGAGCAUUUGUUUUUUUAAAUAAAAGCUUUGUAAUAAAACAUCACUUGUCCAGUUAAGAG